CUAGACCUAGACUAUAUUCCUGAUAUACGGGGAAAUAAUUUACCGGAACCUAUACCCGAACAAGCGAACUAUAUCUCUAGCAACCUGUCUGUAGUAGGUGAUUUUCAGCGAGAAUUAGCUAAGCGGAAGUUAUCUACUAUAGAGCCCUCAGAUAUUUUAGACAGUGGGGUCUACGAAAGUGAUUCGGAGCCGAGUAAAGAUCUAUACUCAAGGGUAAACAAGGCUUCUGAGCGGGCUGAAGAUCCUAACACUACUAAAGACACGUCAGCUAUAUCUAGCCCGUUCUCUCCGCCGACGGCUCGCUCUAUAUUAAUAUAUUCUCGAGCUCGAAAGACACCGAGUUCUAAACCCCCGGUCGAGGUACCGGCGACCACUAAGAUAAGAACACCCCCUAUAAUACAGUACAGCUGUGUCAAAAGAGGAAGAAAAGGAGACCUUCAAUUAGGCCACUUUCUAACCCUUCGAAAUCUUCCGUUCCUAUUUUAUCUUAUCGCUCUGGGUUUAUAUAGGAGUGCUAUCCUCACGGUCGAGUCUAAUACUGGUCUGAAACCGGUGUAUUUCUUUACUUUCGUACCCGACCCUAGCCCAAUACUACCUCUAGCCUACACAGCGGUUAUCCCCCUAUUGAAACACACGUACACAUCGGAUAAGAAUACGCUGCUCGUGCGGCUGAAGGAAAAAGAGGCAAUAUUAUAG